AUAAUUUGAGAGCAGUCGUGUUUGUGAUAUUUUUUACUUUGUUAUUCGUAUACUGCUUUAUUAAUCUCUUUUUUCUUUGUAAUAUUUUAUUAUUGUGAGUUUAGAUAUAUGAAGGCAAAAUAUAAUUUUAGAUCCAAAUAUUUUAAUUUCUCAAAACUUCAGACUCAUGAAUACGGGCUUUAAGUAAAGCCAGCCCAAUAUAGCUUAUAUCAGUUUCAUGUACCCAGAAGAAGUCGGCGGCGGCUCCCUUUAACGACUCCGGCGACGGCGGAAAACUUUCUCCGACGGAGAUAAUGGGUAAGAAAUCAUCGAGGAAGAAUGGAGUGGGUAAAGCACCUGGUUCAAUUACAUUAAGAGAGGAAUCAGGUGUGAAGAAGAAACAAACUCAUGUUAAUGCGAAAUUGAUGCUGAAAUUGGAGCAUAUAAAGGAUAUUGCUGCCUGGGCUAGUGGCGAAGGUUCCAUACCUUCACUUGGUGCGUUUUUUGGGCAGAGAUUAGCUGUAUCAACUGAGUCUUUGGGUCUUCCACCUGACCCUUCACUAUUUACUUGUCAAAGGUGUGAAUCUAUCCUUCAGGCUGGCUAUAACUGUACAUCACGGAUUGAGAAAAACAAAAGAAAGGCACGAAAGAAACGCAAGACAUCUGGUAUUCCUCCCAAGAACUGUAUUGUAUAUGAGUGUCAUUUCUGCUCACAUCAGAAUCUAAAGAGAGGAACCCCAAGAGGCUAUAUGAAAGACCUAUAUCCUGUCAAACCAAAAACUUCAAGAGUUGACCCUACUAAAUCAGCAAUCCGAAAGACAAAAGUUGAUCCUACUGAAUCAGCAAUCCAAAAAUCUGAACAAUUGGAUAUGUUAGUGGCUAGUAUUGAUAAGGCAAGAGUUGAUCCUACUGAAUCAGCAAUGCAAAAGUCUGAACAUUUGGAUACGUCAGUGGCUAGUAUCGAUAAGACAAGAGUUGACACUAUUGAAUCAGCAACCCAAAAGUCUGAACAGUUUGAUGCUUUAGGGGGCAAUACCAUAGAUGUAAUAGUUUCGUCUGAACUAGUUGGAGAUGAUCUUAUGGCUGGUCUUGCAACUCCAUUGUCAACAAUUACGGUUACUUCUUUGUUGGAUUCAAAGAAAAGGAAAAGAAAUAGAACAGGGUCUAAGAAGAAAGUUGAACCUCGGGAUGGUUCAUCAUCCAUGACAGAUGCUGAGAAGACUGUCUCAACAUCCAGUAAGAGAAAGAAGUCUUGGACUAGUUUGAAGGAAAUUGCUGAAAGUCAGAGUAGCAAUAGUAGGAAGUUCUCCAAUAUAUCUGUUCCAUUUAUUCUUUGAUUGUGAGAAUUGUAUUGUUGCCCGUCGAGCACCCCCUUUUUUUUUUUUUGGUUUCACACCUGGUGUCCGGAGCUCAUAUUGGCACGCCCCGACUAAAUUCAGAUUGCGCACCGGAGGUCCAUUCGGAGCGGCACUUCCUACCAGUACCAGAAUUUUCUCUCGUAAGUUGUAACAGUAGUUUCUGUCCAAUAAUAUAUGAGUAUUUAGUGUACUUUGACAAUUGUUUA